AUGGAGGACUGUAAAACCCUGGCGUAUAACAUCUUUACAGUAUGGCUCUCUGUGAUCAUCUUCAUUAUAAUGUUACCAUCUAUGGUUGGCAUUUCUUUGGGCAUCUCAGAGGUUUACAUGAAGAUCCUGGUUAAAACUCUAGAGUGGGCCACGUUGCGUAUUCAGAGAGGGAUUCGAGAACAAAAGAAGCUUCGAAUGGUUCCAUCCAAUGGCAUUAUACAGAGAGAUGAGUCUCCCAUGGAAGAAGAAAUUGUGGGUUUGCGGCAAAGCCGAAGCCAGUAUUUACAACGUGGGGAUUUUGAAUUAUCUGAUGCCUUUUACUUCUCCAAGAAAGGGUUUGAAGCUAUUGCGGAUGAUGAAGUCACCCAGAGAUUUUCCUCUGAAGAGCUGAUAUCUUGGAAUCUUCUAACAAGAACAAACUACAACUUUCAGUAUAUCAGCCUCCGACUCACAAUUGUUUGGGUGCUUGGAGUAUUUAUACGAUACUGCAUCCUUUUACCACUGCGGGUUACCUUAGCUACUAUUGGGAUCAGCUGGCUGGUCGUGGGAGCUACACUAGUUGGACAGCUGCCAAACGGCAGAGUGAAGAACUGGUUCAGUGAGAAGGUGCAUCUGGUUUGCUGUCGGAUUUGUGCAAGAGCUCUUUCCAGUGCAAUUCAGUAUCAUAACAAAGAAAACAGGCCCAAGAAAGGAGGGAUUUGUGUUGCCAACCACACAUCUCCAAUCGAUAUAAUUAUCUUGGCUAAUGAUGGCUGCUAUGCUAUGGUUGGACAGGUUCAUGGAGGACUUAUGGGAGUGAUCCAAAGAGCUAUGGCAAGAGCAUGUCCACAUGUGUGGUUUGAACGUUCUGAAAUGCGUGACCGCCACCUAGUGACCAAAAGGCUGCGCGCCCAUGCUUUGGAUAAGGAAAAACUACCAAUUCUCAUCUUCCCCGAAGGAACCUGUAUUAAUAACACUUCAGUUAUGAUGUUUAAAAAAGGAAGUUUUGAAAUAGGUGGUACAAUAUAUCCAGUAGCAAUAAAGUAUGACCCACAGUUUGGAGAUGCGUUUUGGAAUAGCAGUAAAUACAGCAUGGUAAGCUACCUGCUGAGAAUGAUGACAAGCUGGGCCAUCAAGUGUAAUGUGUGGUACCUGCCUCCUAUGACGAGAAAGGAGGGAGAAGAUGCUGUUCAGUUUGCCAACAGAGUUAAGUCUGCAAUUGCUAAACAAGGUGGACUAAUAGAGCUGCCAUGGGAUGGUGGACUAAAAAGAGACAAAGUAAAAGAUUCAUUCAAAGAGGAACAGCAGAAGAAUUAUAGCAAAAUAAUUGCAGGACCUAACAAUGUAUCCCAGAAAGAUAACUGA